UUCUCCACCACGUGGUCUCUGGUUUUAAACCAGACCAUCUCUCUCUCCAAAGCCCUAAAUCUUCAAAGCUCCACACUUUCUUCUAUUUCCCUCGAAAAACUCAAAAAUGGGAGAAACCAAAAGAAAGCGAGGACGAGCUCCAAAACCCAAAACCCCAGAAACCGCCACCACCUCAAUGGACAUCGACGACGCCGCUCCGCCCCCACGACGGAGCCUCUCUCCGACGCCGGCACCUCCCAGCCCUCCCGCCGCGGCCGCGGCCGCCCCAGGAAGGCCGAGUCGGCCAACAUCACCGCCUCGCCCGAGCGGCGGAGCUCCCGGCACGCGUCGGAGCAGAACGGCGACGCCGGGGCGGUGAGUUCGGAGCCGCCGCUGAUGGUGCCGAGCUGGGAGAGCGUGGCGCGCGUGGUGCCGGCGAUGGACUCGGUGGUGAAGGUGUUUUGCGUUCACACGGAGCCGAAUUUCUCGUUGCCGUGGCAGAGGAAGAGGCAGUACAGCUCGAGUAGUAGUGGGUUUGUGAUUGGGGGAAGAAGGGUCUUGACCAAUGCGCACUCUGUGGAGCACCAUACACAGGUCAAGCUCAAGAAGCGUGGCUCCGAGACCAAGUACUUGGCUACUGUGUUGGCCAUUGGGACUGAAUGUGAUAUUGCCAUGCUCACAGUGAGUGAUGAUGAGUUCUGGGAAGGAGUUUCACCUGUGGAGUUUGGAGAGUUGCCGGCGCUACAAGAUGCUGUGACGGUUGUGGGCUACCCUAUUGGGGGUGACACAAUCUCUGUGACGAGUGGUGUAGUGUCACGUAUGGAGAUACUUUCAUAUGUUCAUGGAUCAACUGAGCUUCUGGGACUGCAGAUAGAUGCUGCCAUAAACUCUGGAAACUCUGGUGGGCCUGCCUUCAACGACAAGGGGACCUGUGUGGGCAUUGCUUUUCAGUCUCUUAAACAUGAAGAUGCAGAAAAUAUAGGCUACGUUAUUCCAACACCUGUUAUUAAGCACUUCAUUACAGAUUACGAGAAGAAUGGGGCAUAUACAGGGUUCCCAAUUAUUGGAAUUGAGUGGCAAAAGAUGGAAAAUCCUGAUCUACGCACAUCAAUGGGGAUGAAAGCUGAUCAAAAGGGUGUACGAAUUAGAAGGAUCGAACCUACAGCUCCAGAUUCUCAUCUUCUGCAACCAUCUGAUGUCAUUCUUAGCUUUGAUGGAGUUAAUAUUGCAAAUGAUGGCACAGUUCCAUUCAGGCAUGGGGAGCGCAUAGGUUUCAGUUACCUCGUCUCUCAGAAAUAUACUGGCGAUAGUGCUGUAGUAAAAGUUCUUCGUAACUCACAGAUACUUGAAUUCAACAUAAAACUUGGAACACACAAGCGUCUGAUCCCAGCACACAUCAACGGCAAGCCUCCUUCCUACUAUAUCAUCGGUGGAUUUGUUUUUUCAGCUGUAUCCGUUCCAUAUCUGCGUUCUGAGUAUGGAAAGGAUUAUGACUUUGAUGCUCCAGUCAAACUUUUGGACAAACAUUUACAUGCAAUGGCAGAAUCUGCUGAUGAACAGCUUGUUGUCGUUUCUCAGGUACUUGUUGCCGACAUUAAUAUUGGAUACGAGGACAUUGUUAACACUCAGGUUCUUGCUUUCAAUGGUAAGCCUGUGAAAAAUUUAAAAAACUUGGCCACCAUGGUGGAGAGUUGCGCUGAUGAGUACCUAAAGUUUGAUCUAGAAUACAAUCAGAUGGUUGCCCUACAGACAAAAACAGCCAAAGCUGCAACUUUAGAUAUCCUUCUGACUCAUUGCAUACCUUCAGCCAUGUCGGAUGACCUUAAGUCUUAAGCCCUAAGAGAAGAUUUGCCCCCAUAAAAGAAUGUUAGAAUGCUCAUAAUGGAACCAAGUAUAGCGCUACAAAGAUAUCAUUACUUAUGGAGGAUAAGAGCUGGAAAUCCAUUGCUUAUUUAUCGUGAUUAUCUUCUGUUUGGGAAGUAUCUGCAGACAAUUAACCAUCGGAAUGAGGCUUCCAUUACAUUUUGUAUCAACUAUACGCCUCAGUUGGGUUGAUGUCUUCCUUAGAAAUUUUGUAAUAUUAAGUAAUUCUAUAGAGAAGAAGAAAGCAGAAAUGAAAGCUAGUUUUGCCA